AUGUACGGCGGCGACGAGGUCUCGGCCAUCGUCAUCGACGUGGGCUCCUACAGCUGCAAGGCCGGAUACGCGGGCGACGACACCCCCAAAUCCGUCUUCCCCUCGGUUGUUGGUUCAAUUGAACAAGCGGAAGAUACUGAUGAAGCUAAGCCAGAGAAGGAGGCUGACUCUGCAUCUGAUCCUAAGAAUGGAUCCAAGCCUAUGGAUGUGGACAAAGCCAAGACAAAACGCAAAUUUUAUGUAGGUCAAGAAUUAGAAUUCAGGAGGGAUCAUAUGGAGGUGAUCUCACCGAUGAAAGAUGGAACAGUUACAGAUUGGGAUGUUGUUGACAACAUAUGGAAUCAUGCUUUUAGACGGCGGCUAUUGAUCAAUCCUGAAGAGCAUCCUAUGCUCAUAGCGGAACCAUCUAUAAACAGUGCACAGCAAAGAGAGAAAGCAGCAGAACUUAUGUUUGAGAAGUACAAAGUGCCAGCACUGUUCCUAGCAAAAAAUGCGGUUCUCACAUCUUUUGCAUCUGGACGUGCUACAUCUCUAGUGGUUGACAGUGGUGGUGGGUCUACUGUGGUUUCUGCUGUGCAUGAUGGUUAUGUUUUGCAAAAGUCUGUGGCAACUUCUCCGAUAGGCGGUGAAUUUUUGACUGACUGUAUGAUGAAAAGCUUGGAGAGCAAGGGCGUUGUUAUCAGGCCCCGGUAUUCCUUCAAGAAGAAGGAAGUGAGCCCUGGAGAUUAUAAGGUUGUAGACCUUGAUUUUCCGAACACCACGGAUAGUUACAGGUUGUACCACAUGAGAGCUAUUGCUAGCGACAUCAAGGAGACGGUUUGUAGAGUUCCAGAUACUCCCUUCGAUGAAGUGGCAUAUGCAAAUGUUCCCACAACUUCAUACGAGCUUCCAGACGGGCAAACUAUUGAAGUUGGUGCAGAGAGAUUCAAGAUUCCUGACAUUUUGUUCAACCCAUUCCUUUCUCAGGAACAGAACAAGUUCAUUGCUUCUUCAGUAGAUGCUAUCAACAACAACAACAACAACAAAGCCGUCCUUGAAAGUGUAAAUAGGUGUGAUGUUGACAUUCGCAAGGAGCUACUCAGCAGCAUCUUGCUUUCUGGUGGCUCAUCAUCAAUUCUGCAGUUAAAGGACCGUCUAGAAAAAGAAGUACUGGAGGAGUCCCCUCAAAAUGCUCGGGUAAAGGUUUUGGCAAGUGGAAAUUCAACGGAGAGGCGAUUCAGUGUCUGGAUUGGAGGGAGCAUCCUUGCAUCCCUUGGGUCGUUCCAGCAAAUGUGGUUCUCCAAGGCAGAGUACGAAGAGCACGGCGUUUCCUAUAUCCAGAGGAAAUGCCCAUGA